CUUACACAGCGCUGUUGGUCACUAAUGCAAUUUGAGACUAAUGGCUAUUGCACAACUGUAAUAGUAAUGAGCGGGCGGGGUCAAUCUUUUUGCCUCACCUCCAUCUGAUUGCGCUAAAACAGAGCAACGCGAAACCCUUUAAACUCCUUACCACCUGAGAGACUUACAACUUUGCCGAGAACCGUGUGUCGACGCAGUUUUAGACCACGAAAUCUUGGAUCACUGCUUCAUGCGCGGCCGGAGGGUCUACAAGGGUGUGUGUGACAUCUCCCCCUGCCCUCUGUUACCUCUGAACCCUGAAGCCAACCUUCUCCCACUCCUCUCCCUGAGGCCAGACUGGGAUCCAUGGCGCUGGGUAAGCUGUUGAGUUUCGGGAAGCAGUUGCUGAGAGUGAAAGUGGUGGACUGUAACGCAGAGGACUCCCGCCUGUCCCGAUGCCUCAACACUUUUGACCUGGUGGCCCUGGGCGUGGGCAGCACCCUGGGCGCUGGCGUCUACGUGCUAGCUGGCGCUGUUGCACGAGAGAAUUCCGGUCCUGCUAUUGUGCUGUCUUUCUUGAUAGCAGCCUUGGCCUCAGUGUUGGCCGGCCUGUGCUAUGCUGAGUUUGGAGCCCGUGUUCCAAAGACAGGCUCAGCUUAUCUUUACUCCUAUGUGACUGUAGGGGAACUCUGGGCCUUUAUCACUGGAUGGAACCUCAUCCUCUCCUAUAUCAUUGGUACCUCCAGUGUGGCCCGAGCAUGGAGCGCUACCUUCGACGAGUUGGUAGGGAAGCGCAUAGAGCAGUUCUGCAGAGAGUACAUGUCCAUGAAUGCACCGGGUGUAUUGGCAAAGUACCCUGACAUGUUUGCUGUUGUCAUCAUAAUCACCCUCACAGGUCUGCUGGCAUUUGGGGUCAAAGAGUCAGCCAUGGUGAACAAGAUUUUUACGUGUAUCAAUGUCCUAGUCUUGUUGUUCAUGGUGGUCUCUGGUCUGGUCAAAGGUUCUUUGAAGAACUGGCAUCUUGACCCUGAAGAGAUCCUACAUGCCAAUAAUACCAGUAACUUCAGCCUCAAUCUGACAGACAUCCUGCCAACCAGAGAAAAUUUAGGAGAGGGCGGCUUCAUGCCGUUUGGUUUCACAGGUGUCCUAUCAGGAGCUGCUACCUGCUUCUAUGCUUUUGUCGGAUUUGACUGCAUCGCCACCACAGGUGAAGAGGUGAAGAAUCCCCAGAGAGCCAUCCCUAUUGGCAUCGUAUCCUCGCUGCUUAUCUGCUUUGUAGCGUACUUUGGUGUUUCUGCUGCCCUCACCCUCAUGAUGCCAUACUACCUGCUGGAUAACAACAGCCCCCUGCCUGUAGCUUUCAAUUAUGUGGGCUGGGGAGGAGCCAAAUAUGCUGUAGCUGUAGGCUCUCUUUGUGCCCUCUCUACUAGUCUGUUGGGUUCCAUGUUCCCCCUACCCCGUAUCAUCUUUGCCAUGGCUCGGGAUGGCCUGCUCUUCUCCUUCCUGGCCCACAUCAGCGAGAGGAAAUCCCCCAUAACGUCUACUGUCGCUGCCGGGGUUAUGUCUGCUAUCAUGGCAUUUCUGUUUGACCUGAAGGACCUGGUUGACCUGAUGUCAAUAGGGACGCUGUUGGCCUACACAUUAGUGGCUGCCUGUGUUUUGGUUCUCAGGUACCAGCCCGAGCAGCCCAGUCAUGUGUAUCAGAUGGGAAAUACCCACGAUGAUGUGGACCUGGGCGACGGCAUCAGUGUCCCCAGUAUGGGUAUCCUCCCCGGUGUGGAAGAGAGAUUCAGCUUUAAAAACCUCCUGUUCCCAAAUAACCCCGAGCCAUCCACACUUUCAGGCUUUGCUGUCAACACCUGUGCCUCUCUGAUGGGAUUGUUGAUCCUGGUGUUCAGUAUACUGGCAGUGCAGGGAGGCGCUGCUGUGUGGAACAUCGUAGCCCUCAGUGUCAUCUUCAUGGUGUGUCUUCUCCUCACCUUUAUCAUCUGGAGACAGCCUGAGAGCAAGACAAAACUGUCCUUCAAGGUUCCACUGCUACCCUUUAUUCCAGUGAUCAGCAUGUUUGUAAAUGUUUUCCUGAUGAUGCAGCUGGACAGAGGCACUUGGAUACGGUUUUCUGUAUGGAUGGCUAUAGGUUUUGUGAUCUACUUUGGCUAUGGGAUUCAUCACAGCGUUGAGGGCACUCGUCAUCGCUCGCUAGAAACAGAGAUGAACGGCUUCAAGUGCGACCAUGAUUCAGGAGCCAUGUCACUGGAAAAAGAGGCCUUCCUGCGCAAUGGCGUCAAUUCCAGGGAAGAGGACGAUGAAGAUUUGUAGGCACAUUAAAACAUGCUGUGUACAUCUUGACCUCCUCUGACGCCAGUCUGCCUGUGUAAGAAUAUUUUUCACUUGACGACUCCCUGUCAUUCAAUGGCAGUACUCCCUUUGGGGGAAAGUAAUCAUACAUAACUUUGACCUAAAAUUCCCAUAACUGUGACUUUCCCUAUUGACUCGUGAGUAGAAAACUGGUGACAAUACUCAUGCAAAAAAUAGAACUUCUUGAGCCAUAAUUGACAUGUUCUAUUAAUUUAGUAUUUUGUAACACACUACGUUACCCUUUUUGCUUGGCCUUGAGCUUCAACUGCUCGUUAUUGCUUGGCUUCUGGGGGGUGGGGGCUCAUGUUUGAGAAAUUUCAGUGUUUCAGGAUGUUGAGUUGAGGUCUGGGUUACAUUGCUGGCAGUCGGACUGUGUGCACAUGUGUAACAGCUUUUGUCUGGGUACGAGAAUCUUUUACAAUAAGACAUCUGUUGUAAUAUUGUAUUACCGUCCCUUAUGCAUAUAUAUCUACAUACUUAAGCAAAUUUGAUAAAAUACAGAUUGGUUCCAAUAGCUAUAUUCUUUUAAACCUGACAACUCUUGUGUAACUGAUAUUGAAAUGCUGCUCUAACUCUCCUCCCCUGAGAGACAGGGAGACACUGUGAGAGCUUGCACAAUGCACUGCAACACACUUGUCAAUGAUAUAAUUACCCCUGUUCACUAGCAGAAAAAAGAAGUUGAGGCCAAUGGCUGCACAGUAUAAGUGGGCCAGCAGGAAGCUGUAGCUUACGCUUACCAUCAGUCCAAUUUCAGGUCCAAAGGAUUACAUUGAUACCAGCCAUCAAAAGCCUUGGAUCUGGCACAAAAUUGUGAUGCAGAAACGUCUGUAAGAAGAGAUCACACAACAGAUCCUGUUGGACAGUUCCUUACGCUGGGAGACAGAGAAAGUGAUUGGUCUAAUGCUUUGUUGACACGGAAUGAAAAAAUAUGCGCCAUUCACAGCAGUGUAAAUCGUUCAACUUGCACAAAGAAUUUGUGUGAUUCUGUGUCAGGAAAGCCAAUCAGCAUCCAGAUACUCCUGAAGUCCUGACUUGGUCUAAUCUGAAAUGGAAGAAAAAAAUACUGUAUCCGUCUAUGAGCAGCGAAAUCUACUGAGCUUUGUGUGGCUGUGAAUGAUGUUAUUAAUCCAGACAUGACAGCAUUUGGUUUUCUGGCAAAUCUGGGUUUUCCACAACAGAUACAAAGCAGCAAUAGUGGUUAUUUUGGCCAUGGUUGAUGACUGGAAGAAACGGGGUUGGUAUCUUCAUGUAGCCCCUCCUCAGAUACCUGAUUUUACACACUUUUCACAAUACCAACGAGCCUAUUUGGGAUAUUUAAUACCCUUAGCAAACAUAUGGAAUCUGGUUUGUGACUCCUCAUGCAUGUUAAGCAUCAGAUGAAGACAUUGUGAGUUGCUGAAUGUCAGUUAAUCUCAUGUAACAUUAGAUGAUAUAUGAUUUUCACAGUGCUGGCUGCUGUGUCUUUUUGCAUCUGUAGCUUGUAAGAUUUAUCUUCUCAUUUCAAAAAAUAAUACAGGUUGACUUUUUUUCUUUCUUCUUAAAAUCUUCAGUUUGGAAGAACGUGUUAAUUUAUUUUUCUUAUUUUAUUACCCGCUUCCAAAAAACACGGUCAUUUCCAGUGUGCUCUUCAGAUUAUUAAUUUGAUUCAACUUAAUAUUUACAGUUAAGUAAAAGCCUAUGAAGAAUUUGAUCAGGUAGGAUUUUGUCACACUUUAUUACAUACAUUUAUUUACAUACAUUUUUGUUAUUGUCAAUAAAAUAUCUAGUGCUUUUAGAUAUUUUCUUUUAUCAUAAACAUUGAUUAAGCAAUGCACUGGCAUAAAGCAGAGAUGAGGAAAGAGUUCAGAGGUCUGAUAAUCUCACUUCUUUCUAAAACCACACCCACAGUUUUUACAUUUUCAAACUCGUGGUGACUGACGUUACCACAAGUAACACGGCUUUAGGCAAUUCAUCCUACACAACAGGUGUUUCACACAAGUUUUCAUGCAGUGUUACUCCCCAAAAACUGCAAACAGACUUUGGUGUGGAAAAUGUGUGUACUUCCCCAUGAAUGUUUAAUUCAUAAUUUAAAUGCAGACCUAUUCAUCAACACUUAUAUCAUGUUCCUAUUAAUUUGAACCUUUACUCUAAGUGCACUCAUUGUAGUUCCGGGAGUCCUUCACAAUACAGUGGCUGUCUAUAAAACAUGUACAAUCAAGAUUGUGUAUAUAAGAUUUUGUUUAUAUUUCUUGUAGUAAAUUAUUUGUAAAUUGGAGAAAAGGCUUAUAUUAUGUUGCCCUGUUUGUGUCUGACAUUGUUGUUCUUAUAUUGUGUUUACUUGAUCCUCAGGGUUGGCUAAAUCACUGCCUUCACCUUUUAUUGGCAUGACUUUAGCCAUUAUUGCCAAAUUAAAAAGUGCAGUUAGAACACUAUAACUUUGGGAUAUUGGGAUGAUUGUGGCAAAAACAAGUUUUAUUCACAAAUUGUGGUCAUGGGCUAUAGUAGGAGUGGAAUAAUCACAUUACUUCUUCAGUAAGUAUAUUGGGUCAACAAUGCAUUACUGACAGGGGUUUUGGUAAUUUGUUUACUCAACAUUUUUAAUAUAUCUUGUUGAAUUGUUACACAAAGUAAUCAUACUGAAAUUCAUCAAUAUCUACUGUUUUGAUAAUUCCUCAACAAAAACUUGCUGUUUCACCAAUAGUCAAAGCACAUACAAAAUCCCAAAAUUGUUAUGUUUCAAAGAAAUCUAACUAUGCACAGUAUAACAACAAUUCAAGUGAUUUCUGUUUUAACGUUUAGUCUCCUUGUUAGUUGUGAAUAUACAAAGGGAUUCAUCUGUAUUUGAAAAUAUAUCUUCUGGUGUAAUCAGUACUUGUUUUUUUUAUUUUCUGCCAUGCCAAACCUCAGUGUUUACUUUUUUUUCUGAAAUGAAUAGGAUUGUAUGUCCAAACAUGUAUAUUAUAAAUAAAAUAUAAUAAAGACGGA